GCACGUGAGAAAAGGAAGGGCAUCGAGCAUUUGAACUGCGAAAAGAGAGCUCCUCCACAUCAACAAUGGCGCUCUUGACCUAACAAACCCUCGCCUUCUUUAGCCUUCUUGGCGCUUUUCGACUCAGUUCGUCGCAAUGUUCGGAUCCUCCUCACCCUUCGGUACUCCGUCCUCCGCGCCAGCAUUCGGCUCUGGUUUCGGGACCUCUGCUUUUUCGACUCCGUUCUCUUCCCAAGCUCAGCAACAGCAGCAACAGCAGACGCCAUCGUUCCAGCAACCGGCGUCCGCCGGGUUCGGCUUCCCGUCUCCGUUCGCGACGCCGCAGCCGGCCGCGACUCCUUUCGGCGGUGGCCAGUUGACGACUCAGAUGGCUCCCGUGGCUCCUCUUCCUUUCUCGCUCGCCGAUCGGGACAUUCAAGCUAUCGUUGAUGCGUACAAGGAAGAGCCUGGGAACCCUAAGUAUGCUUUUAAGCAUUUGUUGUUCAGCGUCACCGAUCCGCAAUAUAGAGUGAAGCCUGCCAGUGUAUCAGAUAUCAUGUGGGCGGAGGCUGUGGGGAAGUUGGAGGGUAUGGAGAGUGCUGACCGGGAACGCCUGUGGCCUCAGCUUGUUCAGGGCUUCAAGGAGCUUUCCAAUCGCCUCAAGCUCCAAGAUGAAGUCGUUCAUUCAGAUGCAGAGAGACUAAAAAUGACGCAGAGUAAUGUGAAGAUGCUUCAGAGACAUUUUCAAGCUGACACGCUUCCCUGGAUCCAGAGAAUGAGACUGAAAGAGCAAGGCCUUCAAAGACGCCUUUUGAGGGUAAUGAGAAUAGUGGAGGCAAUGGAGAGUAAAGGAUAUCGAUUGCCUUUAGUAAAAGGGGAAGCUGAGUUGGCAGAGAAGCUGGCUGCAAUCACUAGACAGCUGAAAGGAUCCGGAGCAGAACUAUCGAGGAGGGUCCAGAACUUGCUGGCGAUAUCUCGAGUUCAAGCAAAUGAUAUUGGGGCAACUGGUGCUAUAUACCUCCCAGGAUCGACCAAAAUACAUGACCAGAGCCUUGCUGACUUGCAGGAGGUCUUGCAACAACAGACUGAGGCGAUUGCGAGGCUUGGGAACGUAUUGAAGAGAGAUAUGAGGGACAUGGACAUCAUAAUGGCUGAGGACACCGAGAUGACAGAACACACGAGCUGAAAAGCUGAAACGGCCCAUGUUUUUCUAUUUUUUUUCUAACGAAUUUUGACUUAGAGGUCUCAAAUCGUUGGGCUUCGAUGGUAUUAAAACUAUGGAACCCAACCGUUCCAGUAA